UAAAUUAGCCCUCGACAUAUCCAUCCCCAGCCCCACCCUCCUCCUCCCCUCUCUCCGCUUCGAGCCACAGGUUCCCUCCUCCCCUGCCUCUCCUCGCCCUCUCCACCCACGACGAAACCCUACACGUGCGGGGCGUGAGGGAGAGAGAAGGUGGUGUGGGAUCCUGCCCGCCCCAUGGAUGCCACGCUGUUGCUUUUGUCCGCCGACUGCGCGGCCGCCGCGGGCGGGCGGUGGCGGCGGCUGCCUGCUUCGCCUGCGGGGUCGCGGGUGGCUUCCCCUGGCCCCUGCGCGCGGCCCCAGGCCUCGGUCCGCGCCUCCGCCGCGGCCGCUGCCCCCGCCGCGCGCGGCCUACCGCACCACGCCUCCGUGGCCGGGCAAUCCAGUGGAAUUUACACUGUUGGUGAUUUUAUGACCAAAAGGGAAGAGCUCCAUGUUGUGAAACCAACGACUUCAGUUGAUGAAGCUCUUGAGAUGCUGGUGGAUCAUAGGAUAACUGGCUUUCCUGUUAUUGACGAUGACUGGAAUUUGGUUGGCGUUGUCUCAGAUUAUGAUUUAUUAGCACUGGAUUCAAUAUCAGGAACUGGACUACCUGAAGCAGACAUAUUUCCUGUGGUGAACAGCACUUGGAAGACAUUUCGUGAGAUCCAAAGGCUCUUGAGCAAAACCAAUGGGAAAGUUAUUGGUGAUGUUAUGACCUCUGCACCUCUUGUGGUGCGUGAAACUACUAACCUUGAAGAUGCUGCGAGGUAUACUUGGAUCACUGUUACUCCUCGUGACUAAAUACCGCAGGCUCCCAGUAGUUGAUAGCUCAGGCAAAUUGGUUGGGAUUAUUACAAGAGGGAACGUAGUCAGAGCUGCCCUUGAAAUAAAGAAAAAGGUUGAAGGGAGUCUUUGAACUGGUUGCUGUUGGUGAUCCUUCUUUGCUGCUACAUGGGGAGCUCGGGGUCGAACUGAAGCCGUUGUUGGAGUAAUUAGUUGGCGUCGCCAUGCUUAUGUACUGCGAGCAUCUGAAGCUUGUAUAUAUAUAGUACUGAUUUAUAUGUUGCUGCUGUUCUUACUAGAUUCAGUUGCAUCGGAUUCAUAGCAGAAAGGCUUGUGGUUACCAAUUGUUUGUCUGAA